UUACGGAAGCACUGAAUGCGGAAUCUCCUGUCAUUUCAGGGCUGCAGACCGGGAAAGAGAUAAACAGAUUAAGGGACGUGGUGCGAACGAAGGGGGAACAAGAGAGAAGUGGAGAAGUGCUCACUCUCUCAUUAUUAUGUCCUGGUCUCUGGACUUGGUGCUGCUUCCCCCAUGUGCACUGCUGAGUGGUCACCCCCUAAGCGGGCUGCUCUGGAUCAUCCUCCUCCUCUUCCUCUGGUACUGCUACCGUGUGGGUUCUGACCCGCCAUCCCAUGCUGGAGUGCUCAAAACCAGCUCCUCUUUCUCUCGGUCAUCCAGUCGCUCCCCUGUCGACCCCGGACACUCUGCCACUAAAGCAUCAGCGGCAAUCGCCAUGGAGUUUGUGGAGGAAGAGGAGGGGACAGAGAGCUACCUGACACCAGUGUGGAGCCAUGCUCCUUUUCCCUCUGAGGCUGCAUCGGGAAGCAGGAAGUUAUACAAAUCACUACAGGAGUAUGCCAAGCGCUACAGUUGGGCCGGCAUGGGUCGUAUUCACAAGGGCCUGCGUAAUCAGGCCAGGAUCAAUGAUCGGCCCUCCAUUCAGAAACCUCAUCUCUUUUACCUCCCAGAUGUUCCCAGCAUACCUUUCUUUCCCAGGGAUGCUCAUCGCCAUGACAUUGAGGUUCUGGAGGCCAAUUAUCCCAUCAUCCUUGCUGAGUUCCAGGCAGUCUACCAGGGGGGAAUUGAUACUAAACUAGGGUGGACCUACCAAGGACCAAAGGGCCAGGCAGUAUUCCCGCUCUAUAAUGCUGGAGUGUGUGUUGCCAGUAACUGUCGUGCAUGCCCGUAUACGUACCGAACCCUCCUGUCUCUAAGAACCUUCAUCAGUAGUAACUCUCUGGGGUCUGCUGGAUUCUGGCUCCUGGGACCUAGGGCCACACUAGGAGGGGCCUAUGGUCCUACAAACGCACGUCUGCGCUGCCAUCUUGGUCUUCAGACACCUGCUCAAUGUGAGCUAGUUGUGGGUGGAGAGCCACAGUGUUGGUCAGAAGGUCACUGCCUCCUUGUGGAUGACUCUUUCCUGCACACCAUCUCACACAAUGGGGGUGCUGAAGAUGGUCCUAGAGUUAUCUUCAGCGUGGAUCUCUGGCACCCCAAUGUGGCUGCAGCAGAGAGACAGGCUCUAGACUAUAUUUUCACCCCUGAGCAGUAAUUCAAACUACAUUUCCCAGGAUGCACUGCACAAUCCUUUCUGCCACAUCAAAAUGCCAAAAUGUUGUUCGGAGUUUACAAAACAUAUUUUGGUUGAGUUAAAAAGGCAGACUGAGGGGUUUUUUCCAUUCAAUUACCACAUAUUUUAAGUGCAUUUCUGUUCAGCAGAAACCUUAAAGGAACAGUUCACCCUAAAAUGAAAAUUCUGUCAUCAUUUAGUCACCCUCAUAUUGUUUAAUACCUGUAUGACUUUUCUUCCAUGGAACACAUAUGUUAGGCAUAAUGUUAUCUUUAGUCAACUUUCACUUUCAUUGCAUUUUGUUUUUUACAUACAAUGAAAGUGAAUGGUGACUAAGAUUGAGCAUUCUGUCUAACAUCUCCUUUUGUGUUUCAUGGAAGAAAGAAAGACAUACGGCUUUGGAAUGACACGAGGGUGAGCAAAAUUUUUUUUUCUUUUUCUUUUUCUUUUUUUUUGGGGUGAACUAUCCCUGAAAAGAGUAGUUCAGUCAGAACUACAGUUCCCCAAACUUCUCAAAAACAUAAUACUCAAAAUACAGACCAGACAGCAUAUGGUCUAUGGACUAUGAUGAGCCCUGUGUGUAGACUCACAGAGCUUGUUCCCUGAACACUGUCCUGAGCACUCGAACAACAUCUUUUUGAAUUUCAUAUCUAUCUUUGAUUGUGCCUCUCUUGAUAAUCCCGUUCUCCUGUUCUAUCAUUUUUGUGCCUGAUUUCUUCUCUUCCUCUUCUGACCUCUCUGAUGUAUACUGUGAUAUAUUGUUCUCCGUAAAUACUAUACUUACUAUACAGCCUGAUCUCAUGACAAUUAUGUGACUGUUGUGACAUUUUUGGAAAAUUAUAUUUACUUUACAUGUAACGCAGCAUUUCAGAGGUGAAAUGUCCACUGUGUGGCACUGAAAUCAAGUCAAAUUUUCUUCCAAACAGAUGGUUUUUAAAGGCCUACCGAGUUUAAAAUCAAGAAAACCAACCUCCCAACCCUAAACCUUAAACCCAAACCUGACUGAUAGUGUCAUAAAUUAUGUGACAUCCACUCAUGUGCUCUUCUGGAGGCCUGUCCUUCAUGUUGGAAGUGCAAUGCUCUAUCAACUCCAUAAUUCUAGAAUAAGCUUUGUAAAUGAAGUUGGUUAUGUAAUGCACAUGUUAAAAUGUAUCGCCGUAUACGUGGCUAUAGUAAAAGUGUUUUUAUAUCAUAAGAUAGCAUUGUGUGAGGAACAGGUUGAAGAGUAAGUGUUUAUGCACAGAAAAUCUGCUGUGUGAUUUGUGUGAGUAAAUUAAAGUCAUUGUUGUUGUCUAGUGUUCAUUUCACCAGUAAACUGCCGAGAAACGUACAACGAGCCACCUAAAAAUCAUUUUGCAAAAAUGUUGGUAUAGUAUCAUGAUUCAGUGAGAACAGGAUGCAACUGCAAGUGUAAUUCACACCUGUGCUGAAAAUAAUGUUUUAUUACAUCAGAUGCUGAUUUAUUUUCAGACCUGUGAAGCACACACUGAAGACAAUAUAUACUGUACAUGACCGGACUAUUUGCAUGCAACGUGAAUAUUUUGAUCGGAUAGCCAACAAUGCAUUUGAUGACUGUCCUGCAAAUCAGUUAUGUAAUCAAUUCAACUGAGUUCAGUUCAAAAUAAAACAUUUUG